AUGUACACAAGCUUCCGUCAGGACUCACCCCUCUCGUACAUGUCUAUCACACCCAGCGCGACCCCAGAGCUAACGGGUCUCUCCCCCGCCCCCCGACCCCGGCCUCAUCUCCAACUUACCUCCAACCUCUCUGAAAAAACCAGCUCAAAUACAACCUUCUGGUCGGCUAUGGCUCCUGGCACCCAUGAUAGCGGGUGCGAGUUCAAUCCAGUGAUGCGUUCCGAUAGUGGCAUCCUUGUAUCACCUACCAGCGAGAAAGGCGGCCGCGAGCGACGAGAAAGUGUGUCUAGCGGAUCAGCAUCUACCCAGCGUUCUGGACGCUCUGGACGCUCCGCAUCAACUGCGGCUACAAGUACAGCGACUCGGAGGUCUUCAAUACGGUACCAGAAAUACCCACCGCCACCAUCUCGACGCCAGUCGAGCAUUUACGUCACCUCGCCAACGACCUCCGAAGACCAUUACAGAAUACCGGGUGUGGAGGCGCCGCCAAGGGCGCAUGUGAGGCCGGAAUCUGUGUUUGGAGCGCCGGUGGUCGGGCUGGGUGCGGUGACGAUUGAUUGGAAAGGUGACGAGGCGAGACGGAGGGAAUAUGAGGAGGCUGAUAAAGAGAUGAAGGGAUGGAGGAGAUGGCUAUGCGGAUUGGGAGGACGGAAGAAAGUUUUCUGGGAGGGCGAGGACAAUGGCAGUGUCAGGAGGUACAGGCUUGACUUGCCACCGGCGCCGGAGGCAGGUGUGAGUGAGGGAAAGAGAGCAAAGAGUAGGCGGAGUCGAAGGACAUAA